UUUCUCCCUGUUUUCUUUUUUUUUUUUUCUUUUUAAUUUAUUCUCGUUCAGUUUUUUCCCACUCUCCAAUUCAUCGCCGAUUUAUUCGAGCCGACAUGCUGGCGCCGCCGAUUUAGACUCCGAGAAUCUGUCUUUCAGAUCUGUACCUUCUCUUUCAGGAAUUCUAGUUUUCUUCGAAACAAUUAAAGACUUUUUUCUCCAAUCCUGUUUGUUAUUGCAUUUGGAUCAGCUGCCAAAAGUCUUUGGUUCUGCCAUUAUUGUUCAGCUUCUCAAAUAUAUUUGAAGGGCUGGUGUCUUUGUUACUGCAAGGAGGCAGGGGGGACUACACCAAAACUAUAUUUUUUGGUGCCCAGAUGAUUAGUACUGAUGUUAUUGGCAGUGGAAGGAGGAGGGUUCUUCUCUUCUUCAGCUUCUGGGUAUAGCAAGGGCCUGACCCUUCUUCUCUUGGGUCAGAAGCACGAAGAUAAACCCAUGAGAGUUUCGCCGUGGAAUCAGUACCAGUUGGUGGAUAACGAACCAGAUCCUGACCUCCAGCUGGCUUCCUUGAAGAAUAGGUUUUCCAGCGGGUGCGCUUCCUUUGUUUGCUUUGGUCGCGCUUCCGCUGGGCUUGAUUCUCCAUCGCCUCUCAAAGUAGGUCCUGCACAACAGCAGGAUGUCUUGCCGGAUCCUCUUGUUACUGACGAAGGUAAAGACCAUACAACUGAAAUUCAAGGUGAUAACAAUGUGAGAAGAGUUACUCUUAGGAGUAGCUUGAAGAAGUCAAGAAAUAGCAUUCCAGUUCCGGUUAAGGAUUCUAAUCAACAUGAUGCACUACAUGAGAAAUGUAGCAAUAUCCCUGAUCUUACCGGAAGGAGAAAAGUGCAGUGGACAGAUGUUUGCGGUAGUGAGCUUGUUGAAAUCAGGGAAUUUGAGCCCAGUGAAACAGCUGGCUCAGAUGAUGAAUUUGAGAAUGGGAAUGAAAGAAGUUGUUCUUGUGUUAUCAUGUGAUCGAUUUUAUUAGAGAACAUUUUUGUGGGCUCAAUUUUUCCUUGAAAGUGAUGCAAUACGCAAAUUGCAACUAACCGCGGUCUUCUGCGUUCUCCCCGAAUCAACUGAUUUCUUGGUAAAGGAAAAAAGCAAGUAAUUGAGUGGAUAGGAGAUUGCAAACCAUAUCAAGGUGCUCCCUGCCUCGCCUGGCCUGCCAGCUGUUGGAUUGAUCAUUUGUGUCUAUAUUAAAUUGAUGAGGAUUUCAAUUUUGUCACUAUGGUCUUCUAAAUUAUUUUCUUAUUUGCUA